AAUACCUCCGUUGUCGUCACCAUCGUCGUCGCCGUCGCCGCCGUUGCUGCAUCCCUCCCGCUGGACGCUGCCGCACCAACACAAGGACACUGUGCCUGCACCUCCCCAUCCACAUUCGAUCUCAUCGCGCUUACUAUCACCAUGGUUUUGGCGCUGUCCAGCGGAACCAGCACCGAUCUCGGCAGGCGCCCCUAUCAGCAGGACGACUUUCUCAUCUGCCACACGUUCCCAAACUAUCCCCAUAUGGCGCUCUUUGCCGUCUUUGACGGGCAUGGAAGCGAAGGAGGCAAGUCAUCGGCGUUUGUCAAGAAAGUACUCCCUGAAGUCAUGUGCGCCAUCCCGUACGAAAGCUUUCUGCGGGACCCCGCCCAGGCACUCAAGUCCAUCUUUUCCGAAUGCCAUGAGAGGCUCACCGGGAACCAGGCCAUCGACACAUACAUGUCCGGAACAACGGCAUUGGUCGCCCUCGUCGACACCAGCACGGCCAAGAUAUACAUCGCUCAUGUCGGUGACUCGAAAGCCAUCCUCGUCCAGCACGUCGACAACGUCUGGAAGGGCAUUCAGUUGACGACCGAUCACACCUGCGAAACAAAGCCGGAGCUGGAUCGAGUCACAACGUCAGGGGCCAGAGUGGAACAGCUCUACAUCAACGAACAAAAAGAAGGACCUCUUCGUAUUUUCAAAGGAACACUGCCGUACCCAGGUCUGGUCGUCACACGAUCUCUGGGCGAUGCCGUUGCCAGUCGCCUUGGCGUGGUCUCCGAGCCCGAAGUAAUCUGCACGCAGAUAUCGCAGCAUGACCACUUUCUCGUCCUUGGCACCGAUGGAGUCUUUGACGGCCUGACAAUCGCCGAGGCCGUCGCCAUCAUCAAGAAUCACCACAAAGACCCCCAGAAAGCAUCCGAAGCCAUUACCAAGGAAAGCCUGAUCGGAAUGGAUCGAAACCAGAUGGACGACAACACCACCAACAUCGUCAUCUCCUUCAACCGUCCCUGAACAGCGGCUGACCU